AUGGGAUCUACUGAUUUUGAUGUAAGUAGUGCAUUUGGCACACAUGAGUUCAUUCCCAAACCCUCUAGUCCUUUGUUUGAACAGUCUUCAGAUGUUCCAGGUGUUUCGCUUGUACCAGUUUCUUUCUCUGGAAUAAAUUUUGGGGGUUGGAAAAGGAGUAUAAUUAUUUCUUUGUCUGCUAGGAACAAAAUUGCGUUUGUUGAUAGUAGUUUGCCUAAACCUCCUGAUAAUUCCAUCGAGUCUAAGCAGUGGGACAUAUGUAAUAAUAUGGUAAUUUCAUGGUUAAUAAGUUCUUUAUCUCCUGAUAUUGCGGAUAGUGUCCAGUAUUCUAAAACAGCUAAAGAAAUAUGGAGACAUUUAAAUAAAAGAUAUGGGACUGAAGGUAUUCUCAAAAAGGAGGAAGAGGAUAGACUUCAUCAUUUUCUCAUGGGGCUGAAUGAAGUUUAUGUUAGUGUCAGGAGCAACUUGCUCAUGAUGCAACCACCUCCAACACUAGACAGUGCAUAUAACAUUCUUCUUCAAGAUGAAAGGCAAAGGCAGAUCAAUUCCAACUCUCAGUUUGGUCCCGAUUCAACUGCCUUCACUGCCAAAGUCAACCUUAACCAUCAGUCCAGUCCCAACACAAAUUAUAGACCUCCUGGUUCCAACACUCAGAGACAGUAUGUCCAAAGAGUGAACUUUGAUCAAGCCAAAGGGAAUCUAUUCUACAGAUAUUGCAAGAAGAGUGGGCACGUAAUUGAUAAGUGCUUCAAGCUUCAUGGUUUCCCUCCUGGUUUCCCUUCUGAUGAUUGUAUGAAUUCUUCUUCUCUUCCUACUGAUGGAACUACCAACAAUAAUUCACAGGGUUCAUUGGUACUUGGUUUAACCAAACAGUAA